CCCUGAAGGGAGUGGCCAUUGCCUCUAGCUGCAACUUUGAUCUCUGAAUGAGGACCCAUUUGCCAUAUAUGCUUUAUAGUGUUGGCAAUAUCAGAAACGGACUUCGGAUGGAGUACUGCUGAAGGAAGAAAUUGGAACCUAUUGCCAAAAUCUCUUGCUGCAUGGUCAACAUCGUCAAAAUUGAAAUGGCCGUCGAGGGAAAGCAAUCUUAAUGAAGAAGGGAUACUGGUGCUGGAAAAACAAAGGUUGAUUCUGACAGUUAUGCAGGCAAGGACUAUGGAUGUCUAUAUAUCGGGGCCCUCCUUUGGGGCCAUUUUCGAAGGGCUAAGGAAGAAAGGCAGUGAGGAUGGGGUUGACAGCAUGGAGGAAGCACUGAAAGACUGCUCUGUUGCUUUCAGUUUUAUUGUUUCUGAUGCCUUAGUUUUAUUGUUUCAGUUUUAUUGUUUCUGUUGCUUUCAGUUUUAUUGUUUUACUAGACAAAGCCUGAAUGAUGCUCUUGUUUAUUUGUUUCUGUUUCUUUCUUCUUGUUUCUUUGCCCUAAUUGCUCAAAAAAAAUUACAGUUUUGAGCAAUUAUUGUUUAGACACUUUCGGCUGCAAAGCUGUUUAUUAAUAUCACAGCUUCUGUAGAUUUGCACAAU